CCCCGCGGCCAUGCACGCACUACGGCGUCCGGCGAGGGACAUGACUGCCAACGUCGCGCUUUGGAAUAUGCACGCGAUCUACCUGAGCAAAUAAUGGAUCCAUAAUUAGUGCACGUAUAGACCGAUCUCUCGAACAUUUAUUUAUUUAAUUGACAAAAAUGCAAAGUGAAUUACGUACCUGGGCUCUGUGGAACUGCUUUCCCACAUGGGUCCCACGGAAACGCCAUGAUUUCACUGGUUGCCAUAGUGACCGGACCGGUAAACUGUUUGUCUCCAUGGAAACAGAAAGCGUCAACGGGGCAGGUCGGAUUAGCAUUAGCAGCGACCUAUAGCAUUCAGAUUGAUGUGAAUCCGUGCAGUAUCGUGAUUAAAGCCCCGGUUGCUGUUUGUACCGUUUAUAGAUGUAUUUUUAGACACUUCUCUGAAUGGAGGGUCUCGGAGCAUCGUCACUUCAGAACCUGCAGGCUUUGUCCGCCCUCUUAUCUCCACAGCAGCAGGAAGAAGAUGAUGAAGACGGUAAAAACAUGCUGGCAUGUGCACAUCUGGGCCCUGGGAAUAUUGGACCCCCACCCAAAAAAGACAAAGAAGUGUCAACUCCCUACAAGAAGCAGAAGAGCAAAGAUAUCUGGAGUGAGGAAGAGGUGCCUGAGGGCUCCCAGUAUGAUGAUGAGGCUGAUCAACGGGCACAGCCUGAGUAUGAAAUAAUCCUGAAGCAGAGUGUGGGGACAGAAGAUGUGUUCUUGGGGUUGAGUCGAAAGGACCCAUCCUCCAUGUGCUGUGAAGCCAUGCUGGUGAAAAUUAAACUACCAGACACCAAAGCAACAGAUGUGGUCCUUGAUAUAAAAGAAACGUUCCUUGAUCUACGGACGGCAAAAUACAAACUGGGCCUUCACCUCCCACAGCCGGUUCACAGUCAAGAGGGCAGGGCUCAGUUCUACACCGAGAGGGAGGAGCUGGAGGUGACUCUUCUGAUCAAGCGACCCAUGGACAUCAUCAACAUGUGAACAAUUCAACAAGUCCUCAUGUUUCUGUGAAUGCUGCACAAGUUGUCAUAUGCAUGACUUUGCAACUGUUAAAGAAUGCAUUUAUAAUAAAUAUUUUAUCUAAUAAAUGAUUGCACAGUGUUGAACACCCAGUUUUAAUGCGGUAUUGCUUCACAUAUUCAUGCUCAGUCAUGUGCUACAAG